UUUAGCCUGCGGGUUGAAGGACGCUGACGCGAGUUGGCAGGGCGAGGCUGUGACAGCUGCUUCACAGCAGAGGCCGAGCGCAGGCUCGUUGAGAUACGUCUACGGGAGGCGGAAGGCGAACGCAUGUUUGCGACGUGAGGGAAGAUGGAGGAGGAAAGCAAGGUGCGCAUCCAUAAUCGGCUCGCUCGAACCGGACAAUAGCGCGUCGCGCACGUGGCCAGUGAUCCAAGGCGCGAUCCGUCUUCCACGUGCCCCGACUCGCUCUUCUCACCCGGUUCCACCAUGGCGUCCGUCGAGAGCGCGACAGAGCCAGGCAACCUGCCACCUGAAGCCCCGGCUUUGGAUGCACAUCCCAAAAGUGCUGUCGGCGCUAUAGGUCGGCUGGCUCAGCUGCUGGCGGCGGACGACGCGACGCAGGUGGAACCUGGUGACGGGGAGACCCAGCUCAACGAAGGGAACACGGCAGAUGAACCCUAUUCCGACGAUCAAUACUUCUCUAUCAAGCCACCGUCCGGUGCAGUCCUGCCUCCGAGCGCGUCCCGAAAGCGCGCACGCAGUGAGGAACGCGAAGUCGCGAAGAGUCCCGCUGCGCUCCCACCCAUACCCAAACUUUCUGGCGAUAGCGCGCUCGAGGCGUUCACACAUAGAUCUCUGAGUCGGCCUGGACACAUCAUUGAUGGUUCUCAGCUUGCUGUUCUUGGACUGUCCGUGCUGGACACCACGAUGACCAUUCUCUUGUUUCGUCAACAACUACCGUUGCUGACUGACGCCGAGAUGGUGGCGAAGAGGGAAGAAUUACUGACGCUAGACAAGAUAGAACAAUGGACAGUGGCGUACGGCCUCAUGGACAAGUUACGGUGCGCGCCAGCAGCGUAUGCGUCUCUCAAGACUGCUCCUGAGCGUUAUCGUGUGUUUCUGGCCGUCGCAGGUGCCAUCUACGUCGACCAUGGCAUACUGACGAUGCAGAAUUGGCUUGGCCAAUUGGUUUAUGGAGAGAGUUAUGCAGAAGAAGUUGCACCGCCAGAACCCGCCUCGACUAUGCCGCCGCAGAAGAAACAGAAAUUCAGUAGAGGCAGAGGGUGCUCAACGAGGCCACCAGAAUAUCAGGCAAAUCCCCCUAACAGUAGUGGACCCUCACAACCUCCGCCACCUGCUGUUUUCCCCGUGCCCGGACCAAGCCAGUUCAUUCCAGCCGCGGCGCCGCCCCCUGUGUUCAAUGCAGUAGGACCUCCGCCGAUGGUAAUGCCACCCGCGCCUGCAUCUGCCCCUCCGCCAGCCCCGCCGAACAACGGCAGAACGUUCUUGCUUGCCUUUCAUGAGCAUGCAGUCAAGCGAGGUGUUCGCGUCGAGUACGAGACCGAGGGCCAGAUGGGCCCGAAUCAGACCACCGCUCAUUGGAUUAUGGUCUGCAAAGCCAACGGUAUACCCAAGGGGAGAGGCUUUGGCAAGACGAAGCAGAUCGCGAAGGAGUUUGCGGCGCGGCAGGCCUUUACAGCGUUGGGAUGGGUGUAAUUGGUACUCAAUACAAUUGCUGCAUAUGCGAGCGCACGAAACCUGGACAGACCGGAUCUUUUAUAAUCAUCGGUCUGCAAAGCGGACGUGAGGAGGUAUUGAGUGGAGGAUGAGCUCGACGUACAGGUGGAAUCAUCAGUAUCGGCUUGCUGAGGGGGUAUUAUGGUACACGGGAAUUAUAAUCGAUCCAUCCUAUCUGUACAAAU